AUAAAAAAAAAGUUGGUGACAAAUAAUGGACACAAGCCUAACACAACAAAGAAACCGUUUACAAUCUGCACCAUCAAGUACGUCAACAGUCAUUAGUGUCGGACCGAAUACCAAUAGUAACUCACAAACCACUGUCAUGCCCCAAUCUCAAUCCCCCCCGCCAGAACGAAAUAGUUCGACAUCGUCCUUUGUAAAUCUACUUGAUGGUUUCACAGCGCGUGUGUCUGGUGAUCGUAGUCAAAGUGCAGCCAGUACGCCAAGUUCGACAACUUCAUCUGGUGGUGCUGGGCCCGUGGUAGCUGGCGGGUCUAUAGCAAGUUUAACAAGCAUCGGUUCAUUAGGUACAACUGCAAAUGCGUUUUACUCUUCGAUCGGACUAGCGUUCAAUUCACUCACAUCUCCAAUUACAGCAGCAGCAGCAGCUGCAACAGCUAGAACCGCAGAAACUGCUGCAGUAGUUGUGGCCGCUGCAUCAGCGCUAUCGAAUCAUUUAAGUUCGCCAACAAGCGGUUCGCCACCCCACAUUGAUGACCUCGACGACGACGAUGAAGACUGUGAAGAUGACGAUGAUGACGACAGGCAUGUACCAGCACCCACGCCGAGAAAAACAUGGUCUGAGAUAAAGGCGACUGUAAAUGAUAUGCGUAAGCAAUUGUCACAUAUGUCAACUAUGGUGCCAACAAACAUACAGUUUCGCACGCUAUCAGAUGGUCGUGUGCGCUGUUAUUUCUUGAGUACGCCACCAAAUGCAUGGGAAACUACACUGCUUUAUGCCGAUAUUAAUGCAAACUCAAAUGACGAACAACUAGCACAAGAAUUACAACAAGAAACGACUAGUAUACGCACGAGUACUUCGCCACCAACAUCUCAGGCAUCUUCACCCAACACCAGUAGCUUUCUUGGCAGUUAUCAAAGCAAAAGGCUUAACUGGAACAUAGUAUUACAACAACCAAUAUCUAGUUUUGCCGCUUCUACGGGAGGCAAUGUUAAUGCAUGGUCUAGAGAAUUUCAGUUAUUACAAGAACGUAAGAGGCUAUCGACUUGGGGCAUAACCUCCUACGAACUACAUAAACCAAGCGGAAUGAUAGUGUUUCCAUGCUUUAGUGACUUGUACCAGUGCCUUGAUACUGGCUAUAACUUAAGUCCCUUAUUUCCCACUCAAUUACGCACUUGUCCUCAGUGGUCUGCUUUGGAUCCUCAAAUAUGUCCACAAAACUCUGAUUUAAUUGCCUAUAUAAGCGGCUGUGAUAUUUGGGUAACACAUACGUUAAGUGGCCAUGAAGAACGUUUAACGUUUGCUCACGAUGGACGUCGUUCAUUCGCUGAUGAUCCUUUAAGUGCUGGUGUGCCAUCAUAUGUAAUGCAAGAAGAAUUUAGUCGAUAUCAAGGGUAUUGGUGGCAACCACACUCCGAAGAUUGUGUAUAUCGCAUAGUAUUUGAAGAAGUAGACGAAUCUGACGUUUGCCUAUACACAUUUCCUUCAUCACAAGCAAUACCUGGUGAAAUGGAAGAGUAUCGAUUUCCACGCACCGGUACACCUAACGCUAAAUCAAAACUUAAAAUGGUGCAGUUUACAUUAAAUGAAUCACUACAGAUAGCGGAUGUUUGUAUAAAAGAUUUGCCAUAUACAUUAUCAUUAGUUUUUCCAUGGUUAGAAUAUAUUGUGCGUGUUGGCUGGACACCGGAUUCAAAUUAUGUUUGGAUGCAAGCUAUGAAUCGAAAACAACAGCAUUUGGAAUUGAUACUUAUACCUUUGGAUAAUUUCUGCGAAACCUACAAUAGUUCAGCUUCAUCACCAUCAGGUUCCGUAGAGCAUAGUUGGAAAAGUCAAUAUUGUCGCGCGAUUUCACCACCCCAAGUUAUAUACUCACAAUUUUCGGAAUCCUGGAUAAAUGUGCACGAUUUACUGUACUUUCUGGAAAUCACAGAAUCCACCGUAACAUUUAUAUGGGCAUCUGAAGAGACCGGCUUUAGACAUUUGUAUUUGGUAACAUCAAGUAUAAGUGGGACUAUAUUAAACGGUUGUAAAGAGACUAUAGUUAAUGCAAAUUUAACAAAAAGAAUAGGCCAAAAUUCAUCUGUAGUAAUAGAUGCAGUUCCAGAUUUCAUGGAAGGCGUUACAUUACGACCAAGAAUUAUUAAUAAGGUUGCGCUUACUUCCGGUGAAUGGGAAGUUCUCGGCCGAAAUUUAUGGGUUGAUAACGCGAAACAACUAGUCUAUUUUCUUGGCUUAAGAGAUACACCACUUGAAAAGCAUUUAUACGUAGUUAGUUUGCAGAGACCGGAACAUAUACGUUUAUUAACUGAGCCUGGUUACUCAUAUUUAGUAGAAUUUGAUGAGUCAUGUCAAUUUAUGCUUCAAGUUUACUGUAAUAUUCAACGCCUCCCAUCAUGUAAAGUCAUGCGAGUAACGCAGACAUGUCAAAAUGGCGGUGUUAAUGGUAUACAAAUAUCGCUGAUGGGUUACUUAAAUGAAGGCGGUAAAGCAGAACCACAAUAUUGUCCACAAAUAUUUCGGCCGCAAUUACCUUCUGGUGAAAUUGUAUACGCUAUGGUGUUCAAACCACACAAUUUUCACUUGGGUAUAAAAUAUCCCACUGUGUUAAACGUUUAUGGUGGUCCCGAAGUCCAAACAGUAAAUAAUACAUUUAAAGGUAAACAUCAGUUGCGUAUGCAUAUGUUAGCGGCACAAGGAUAUUGUGUAGUUUGCAUAGACUCACGGGGUUCAAGGCAUCGUGGGCUUAAGUUCGAGAGUCAUUUGCGUUGCCGCAUGGGCCAGGUUGAGCUAAUAGAUCAAGUGGAUGCAUUACGUAUUUUGGCUGAUCAAUUGGGCUAUAUUGACAUGAAUCGUGUGGCUAUACAUGGAUGGUCAUAUGGUGGCUACCUGAGUCUUAUGGGCUUGGUGCAGUUUCCAGACAUCUUCAAAGUAGCUAUAGCCGGUGCUCCUGUUACCAACUGGGAAUAUUACGAUACUGGUUAUACGGAGCGGUAUAUGGACCUACCACAGCAUAAUAAGCCAGGAUAUGCUGCUGGUUCAGUGCUUAACUUUAUUGACGCUUUUCCUGAGGAAGAUAAUCGAUUAUUACUAAUACAUGGACUUAUUGAUGAAAACGUACAUUUCUACCACACGUCUCAGCUCAUUUCAGCACUCAACAAAGCAAAUAAACCUUACGAUUUGCAUGUGUUUCCCGACGAGAGACACUCAUUGCGUAAUUUGGAAUCGAAUAGAAAUUAUGAAACAAAAUUAUUAUCAUUUUUACAAAAUUUAUGAGUUUCUUCUAACUAGAACUUUAAGACCAUUUAUAUACCCUAUAUAGAUUAUUAAGCGCGUAUCCGAUGUUUAUUUGUUUAGUACAUAAAAUUUACUUGUUUAGAAUUUCGAAAU